GCGGAAGCGAGAAGCCGCAGUUACCGCGUAAGCCUCUGGGCUUUUCGGCGCGACCGCCGGCUGCCUGAGAAAGCCGGCGCUGCGCUUGGCUACGGCUUCCCGGCCGAGAGUGACUCAUGAAAUGGCCACAGAUGACAAGAGUUCCCCGACACUGGACUCUGCUAAUGAUUUGCCUCGUUCUCCCGCCAGCCCUUCUCAUCUCACUCACUUUAAACCCUUGACUCCUGACCAGGAUGAGCCCCCCUUCAAGUCGGCAUAUAGUUCUUUUGUAAAUCUUUUUCGUUUUAACAAAGAGAGAGGAGAAGGGGGCCAAGGAGAACAGCAGUCUCCGAGUUCAGGUUGGUCCAGCCCUCAGCUCCCCUCGAGGACACAGUCUGUGAGGUCGCCUGGACCUUAUAAAAAGCAGCUUCACGAGGAGCCCCACCGGCGCUCUUCAGUGUUGGCAGAGAACACUUUACCACAUCCUCAGGAGAGCACAGACUCCAGAAGGAAAGCAGAACCCGCUUGUGGAAGUCAUGACCCACGCACAGCUGUCCAGCUUCGCAGCCUCAGCACAGUAUUGAAACGCCUCAAGGAGAUCAUGGAAGGGAAAAGCCAGGACAGUGACCUGAAGCAGUAUUGGAUGCCAGAUAGCCAAUGUAAAGAGUGCUAUGACUGCAGUGAAAAGUUUACGACCUUUAGACGCAGACACCAUUGCAGACUGUGUGGGCAGAUUUUCUGCAGUCGUUGUUGUAAUCAAGAAAUCCCUGGAAAAUUUAUGGGCUAUACAGGAGACCUCCGAGCGUGCACAUACUGUAGAAAAAUAGCCUUAAGCUAUGCUCAUUCCACAGACAGUAAUUCCAUUGGAGAAGAUUUGAAUGCUCUUUCAGAUUCAACUUGCUCUGUGUCUAUACUUGAUCCAAGUGAACCUCGGACUCCUGUUGGGAGUAGAAAAGCCAGUCGUAACAUAUUCUUAGAGGAUGAUUUAGCCUGGCAAAGUUUGAUUCAUCCAGAUUCCUCAAAUAGUGCUCUUUCAACAAGACUCGUAUCUGUUCAAGAGGAUGCUGGGAAGUCUCCUGCUCGAAACAGAUCAGCCAGCAUUACUAAUCUGUCACUGGAUCGGUCUGGUUCUCCUAUGGUUCCUUCAUAUGAGACAUCUGUCAGUCCCCAAGCUAACCGAAGCUACGUUAGGACAGAGACUACUGAGGAUGAACGCAAAAUUCUUCUGGACAGUGUUCAGCUAAAGGAUCUGUGGAAGAAAAUCUGCCAUCACAGCAGUGGGAUGGAAUUUCAGGAUCACCGUUACUGGUUGAGAACACAUCCCAACUGCAUUGUAGGAAAGGAAUUAGUCAACUGGCUAAUCAGAAAUGGACACAUCGCUACAAGGGCACAAGCUAUAGCAAUUGGACAAGCAAUGGUUGAUGGACGUUGGUUGGAUUGUGUCAGUCAUCAUGACCAGCUUUUCAGGGAUGAGUAUGCAUUGUAUAGACCACUUCAGAGUACAGAAUUUUCUGAGACACCUUCUCCAGACAGUGACUCGGUGAACUCUGUGGAAGGGCAUUCUGAGCCAUCCUGGUUUAAAGAUAUAAAAUUUGAUGACAGUGACACAGAACAGAUUGCUGAAGAAGGUGACGAUAAUUUGGCUAAUUCUGCCAGUCCUAGCAAGCGCACCUCAGUCAGCAGUUUCCAGUCCACAGUGGACAGUGACUCAGCCGCUUCUAUCAGCCUGAACGUGGAGCUGGACAACGUGAACUUCCAUAUCAAGAAGCCCUCCAAGUACCCACAUGUGCCCCCUCACCCUGCUGACCAAAAAGAGUAUUUGGUUUCUGACACUGGAGGACAGCAGCUCUCAAUAAGUGAUGCCUUCAUCAAAGAGUCUUUAUUUAAUCGACGAGUAGAGGAAAAAUCCAAAGAGCUGCCUUUUACCCCCCUGGGCUGGCAUCAUAACAACCUGGAACUCUUGCGGGAGGAGAAUGAGGAGAAGCAAGCCAUGGAAAGGCUACUUUCUGCUAAUCAUAACCACAUGAUGGCCCUACUCCAGCAGUUGCUUCAAAACGAGUCAUUGUCGUCGACUUGGAGGGACAUCAUUGUGUCACUAGUCUGCCAGGUUGUUCAGACAGUCCGACCUGACGUCAAACACCAGGAUGAUGACAUGGAUAUCCGUCAGUUUGUCCAUAUCAAGAAGAUCCCAGGUGGAAAGAAAUUUGAUUCCGUGGUUGUCAAUGGCUUUGUUUGUACCAAGAAUAUUGCACAUAAAAAGAUGAAUUCCUGUAUUAAAAACCCCAAAAUCCUUCUGUUGAAGUGUUCCAUUGAGUAUCUCUAUAGAGAAGAAACUAAGUUUACUUGCAUUGAUCCUAUCGUGCUUCAGGAAAGGGAAUUCUUGAAGAAUUAUGUUCAACGAAUAGUUGAUGUUCGACCCACAUUGGUUCUCGUUGAGAAAACAGUGUCUCGGAUUGCUCAGGACAUGCUACUGGAACAUGGCAUCACUCUGGUCAUUAAUGUAAAGUCACAAGUUUUAGAAAGAAUCAGUCGAAUGACCCAAGGUGAUUUAGUGGUGUCCAUGGACCAGCUGCUCACGAAACCCCACCUGGGCACUUGCCACAAAUUUUAUAUGCAGAUAUUUCAGUUGCCUAAUGAACAAACCAAAACACUGAUGUUUUUUGAAGGAUGUCCACAGCACCUAGGCUGCACAAUCAAGCUCAGAGGAGGCUCUGAUUAUGAGCUGGCUCGAGUUAAGGAGAUCCUGAUAUUUAUGAUCUGUGUAGCUUAUCAUUCUCAGCUAGAAAUCUCUUUUCUCAUGGAUGAGUUUGCUAUGCCUCCAACGUUAAUGCAAAGCCCUUCGUUCCAUUUUCUGAGCGAGGGACGAGGGGAAGAGGGAGCUUCUCAGGAGCAGGUCAGUGGCAGCUCCCUUCCCCAGGAUCCUGAGUACCCUCUUGAUGCCCUGUCUUCUGAUGAUAGCACUUUGUUGGAAUCAAGGAUUGUGCUUGAGAAGGGUGAGCUGGACAAUAAAAGUGUUCCACAGGCUGUUGCCUCUUUGAAGCAUCAAGAUUAUAGUACCCCCUCUUGCCCAGCAGGUAUCCCCUGUGCUCUCUUUGCACUGGUACCUGAGUCAUUGUUGCCUGUCCAUAUGGAUCAACAGGAUGCUGUAGGGAAUGAACAGCCAGAGACAUCACAGCAAAUGGAUGAGCAACAGGAUCCCAAAAGCCAGAUGAGAGCUUUUAGAGACCCUCUGCAGGAUGACACUGGAAUGUAUGUUACUGAGCAAGUCACCUCCUCUGAAGAUAAACGAAAGACUUACUCCUUGACAUUUAAACAGGAAUUAAAAGACGUGAUCCUCUGUAUCUCUCCAUUUAUUACAUUCCGUGAACCUUUCCUUUUAACUGAAAAGGGGAUGAGGUGCUCAACUCGAGAUUAUUUUCCAGAGCAGAUUUACUGGUCUCCUCUUCUCAACAAAGAGGUGAAGGAAAUGGAGAGCAGGAGGAAGAAACAGCUGCUCAGGGAUCUCUCUGGACUUCAGGGCAUGAAUGGCAGUGUUCAGGCCAAGUCUAUUCAAGUCUUACCCUCACAUGAGCUAGUGAGCACCAGGAUUGCUGAACAUCUGGGUGAUAGCCAGACCUUGGGUAGAAUGCUAGCUGAUUAUCGAGCUCGAGGAGGAAGAAUUCAGUCAAAACAUUUGGACCCCUUUGUCCAUUCAAAAGAUGCAUCAUGUACUUCAGGCGGCAAAUCAGGAAACAAAAGUGAGAGUGAUGAAGAGAGGGGAUUGAUUCCAAGUGAUGCCUUAUGGCCAACAAAGGUGGACUGUCUGAACCCUGCUAACCACCAGAGGCUCUGUGUGCUCUUCAGCAGCUCCUCUGCCCAGUCCAGCAAUGCGCCCAGUGCUUGUGUCAGCCCUUGGAUUGUAACAAUGGAGUUUUAUGGAAAGAAUGACCUUACAUUGGGAAUAUUUUUAGAAAGAUACUGUUUCAGGUCUUCUUACCAGUGUCCUAGCAUGUUCUGUGAUACCCCCAUGGUUCAUCACAUUCGGCGCUUUGUUCAUGGCCAAGGCUGUGUACAGAUAAUCUUGAAGGAGUUGGAUUCUCCAGUGCCUGGAUAUCAACAUACAAUUCUCACAUAUUCCUGGUGCAGAAUCUGCAAACAAGUAACACCAGUUGUUGCUCUUUCAAAUGAAUCCUGGUCUAUGUCAUUUGCAAAGUACCUUGAACUUCGAUUUUAUGGCCACCAGUACACACGCAGAGCCAAUGCUGAGCCCUGUGGUCACUCUAUUCACCAUGAUUAUCACCAGUAUUUCUCUUAUAACCAGAUGGUGGCAUCCUUCAGUUAUUCUCCUAUUCGGCUUCUUGAAGUCUGUGUUCCACUACCAAAAAUAUUCAUUAAGCGUCAAGCCCCACUGAAGGUGUCUCUUCUUCAGGAUCUCAAGGACUUUUUUCAGAAGGUCUCACAGGUGUACCUAGCAGUUGAUGAGAGACUUGCGUCCCUGAAAACGGAUACAUUUAGCAAAACUAGAGAGGAAAAGAUGGAAGAUAUCUUUGCACAAAAGGAGAUGGAAGAGGGUGAGUUUAAGAACUGGACAGAGAAGAUGCAAGCAAGGCUUAUGUCUUCCUCUGUGGAUACCCCUCAGCAACUGCAGUCCAUCUUUGAGUCACUUAUUGCCAAGAAGCAAAGCCUCUGUGAGGUUCUUCAAGCGUGGAACAGCAGGUUGCAGGACCUCUUCCAGCAGGAAAAAGGUAGAAAGAGGCCUUCGGUCCCUCCCAGUCCUGGGAGACUGAGACAAGGUGAAGAAAGCAAGAUAAGUGCAAUGGAUACAUCUCCAAGGAAUAUUUCUCCAGGACUUCACAAUGGAGAAAAAGAGGAUCGCUUCUUGACAACCCUGUCCAGCCAGAGCUCCACGGGCUCCACCCAUCUCCAGCUGCCCACUCCUCCCGAGGCCAUGGCUGAGCAGUUAGUGGGAGGGCCGUCUGAUCUGGAUACAGCCAGUGGCUCUGAAGAUGUAUUUGACGGUCAUUUGCUGGGAUCCACAGACAGCCAAGUGAAGGAAAAGUCAACCAUGAAAGCCAUCUUUGCUAAUUUGCUUCCAGGAAACAGCUAUAAUCCAAUUCCAUUUCCUUUUGACCCAGAUAAACACUACUUAAUGUAUGAACACGAGCGGGUGCCCAUUGCUGUCUGUGAGAAAGAGCCCAGCUCCAUCAUCGCUUUUGCACUCAGUUGUAAAGAAUACCGAAAUGCCUUAGAGGAAUUGUCCAAAGCAACUCUGUGGAACAGUGCUGAAGAAGGGCUUCCAGCCAAUAGUGCUUUAGAUAACAGACCAAAGAGUAGCAGCCCUGUUAGAUUACCUGAAAUCAGUGGAGGCCAGACAAACCGUACAGUAGAAGCAGAGCCUCAACCAACCAAAAAAGCUUCAGGAAUGUUGUCCUUCUUCAGAGGAACAGCAGGAAAGAGCCCUGAUCUGUCUUCUCAGAAGAGAGAGACCUUACGUGGGGCAGACAGUGCUUACUACCAGGUUGGGCAGACUGGCAAGGAGGGGACAGAGAACCCAGGUCUGGAGCCUCAAGAUGAAGGAGACGGAGGAGAUACACAGAAGAAACAACUCACAAAUCCUCAUGUGGAGCUCCAAUUUUCUGAUGCUAACGCCAAGUUUUACUGCCGGCUGUACUAUGCGGGAGAGUUCCAUAAGAUGCGUGAAGUGAUUUUGGGCAGCAGUGAGGAAGACUUCAUCCGUUCCCUUUCCCACUCAUCUCCCUGGCAGGCCCGGGGAGGCAAGUCAGGAGCUGCUUUCUAUGCCACUGAAGAUGAUCGAUUUAUUCUGAAGCAAAUGCCUCGUCUGGAAGUCCAGUCUUUCCUUGACUUUGCACCACACUACUUCAAUUAUAUCACAAAUGCUGUCCAACAAAAGAGGCCCACGGCUUUGGCUAAAAUUCUCGGUGUCUAUAGAAUUGGUUACAAGAACUCUCAGAACAACACUGAGAAGAAGUUAGAUCUCCUUGUCAUGGAAAAUCUUUUCUAUGGGAGAAAGAUGGCACAGGUUUUUGAUUUGAAGGGUUCACUUAGGAAUCGAAAUGUAAAAACUGACACUGGGAAAGAGAGCUGUGAUGUGGUUCUGCUGGAUGAAAACCUCCUAAAGAUGGUUCGAGACAACCCUCUAUAUAUUCGUUCCCAUUCCAAAUCUGUGCUGAGAACCUCCAUCCAUAGCGACGCCCAUUUCCUUUCCAGCCAUCUCAUUAUAGACUAUUCUUUGCUGGUUGGUCGAGAUGACACUAGCAAUGAGCUGGUAGUCGGCAUCAUAGAUUACAUUCGAACUUUUACAUGGGACAAAAAGCUUGAGAUGGUUGUGAAGUCAACCGGGAUUUUAGGCGGACAAGGUAAAAUGCCAACUGUGGUCUCUCCAGAGUUGUAUAGGACUAGAUUUUGUGAAGCAAUGGACAAGUAUUUCUUGAUGGUGCCAGACCAUUGGACAGGGUUGGAUCUGAAUUGCUGAAAUCACACAGAUUUGAAAAAGACUGAACAAAAGUGGAUCUGAAGAAGAAACCCAAACUAUAUGAUGUUUUAUCUCUUUGUCAUAUAUACCACUGAACACAAAGAUCUUUCAGUUCUGUGACUGUUGAUAGAUUGGCUUUAGACUGUCCAUGACUGCAGGGUAAAACCCCAUGGAUUUGCUUUUGCUAUUUGCUAUUAUCUGCCUGUGAAAUGGGAAAUUGUAAACGUUAACUACAAUGUUCUUUUCAAAGGGCUAUGAUUAGAGAUGACUAUGUAGACAGAGUAAGCUAUGAGUUGUCAUACUUACUAACUCAAUUGCUUGAAGAAGAAAGAGCACUGUCUGAUAGACACUGUCUGGUAGACUAGCUAGACUAUGACUGGUAGACUGUGACUGCCUGGUAGACUGUGACUGCCUGGUAGACUGUGACUGUCUGGUAGACUGUGACUGACUGGUAGACUGUGAAUGGUAGAUUGUGACUGUCUGGUAGACUGUGACUGUCUGGUAGACUGUGACUGGUAGAUUGUGACUGUCUGGUAGACUGUGACUGGUAGACUAUGACUGUCUGGUAGACUGUGACUGUCUGGUAGAUUGUGACUGUGGUAGACUAUGACUAUCUGUAGACGGUGACUGUCUGGAAUCCCAUUUGUUACCUUUUCCCUGAGAAGACACUUGCAGACCUUCUUGCUUUGGUAUAUGUUUCCUGUGUAUUGACUUUAGGUUUGUUCUUAAAAUAUCUGAAACAUUUAGGAAAAAUCUGAUUUAUUCCAUUAAUGGCCAGUUAGACAGAUUGGUGCUUGUUGUAUUAGGAAUUUGACUUAAAUUAAGAAUCCUGCCAUAUUCUGUAUUCUCCAAUUUACCUUGUUUUACUGUGUUUUACCAUAUUCUACCUUCUAUGCAGGUGACAAGAGCUUACAGGCCUUAGCUUGAAAGCUUUUCUUAGCGCUUUAAGGAGCUUGUUUCAAACAUUUGUGCAAUGUGCCAAACAGCACUUAGUCUGCAUAUGUGUUCAUGGUCUAGAUUUCCCUCUCAUUUUGGGGGCAAUAAGUAAGCAGGAAAUGAAUCUGUAGUCACUGAAGCCCUAAGUGAAGAAUUAAUAAUGAAGGAUUUUUUUUUUAAUAGCAAAGAGAAACUGAGAAUCAAAAAUGUGGUUUUUUUGUUUGUUUUUGUUUUUUUAAUAUAUAUAUAUAGUUGUAAAGUAUCUUUCAACAUUACUAGCAGUUAAGUGGGGUUUAUACAUUUAAAAGUUUUCAGUAUGAAUAUUCUCAUCUUUAAGUUUCUACCACACUGACCAGUGCUGCUGAGAAAUGCUGAGAGGUAAAGUUACUCCUACAUUAGGAGUAGUUUACUAGUCAGCAGCCUCAUCUAAAAAGUGACCGGAAAUCCUGAAGUGUGAGGAAAUGCUUUUUUCCCAAUAAUAUGUGAGUGUUUCUCUUGGCUUUUCUGUAAUGAGGAUAUUUGGACAUUUAUAAAGUUAUAAGGAUUCCAUUUUUUUAGACUUCAUCUAAUAGCACAUUAAUUCACAAAGGGCUGGGUGGAUGCUGACAGGAUAGUCUGCACCCAAGUCAGCACAGUGUGGCAGGUUUGCUGCAGACAGUGAUGCAGUAGCUGGCUCUUGGUUACCUGUUGAGUGUGUGGCUAAACAAGGGUUGUGUCUGCCUGAUGUUGGACCUUGGCCUCUUCAGUGCCUUGGGAAGAUGGGCCAGACAUUGAAGAGUCAGCUGUGAUGUCGAAGGCCAGUAAAGGAGUGCACAGACUUGAAGGGUCUGUGGAGCACACUUUCUCUGCCUCCAGGGACAAAGGCUUUUGUGUCUGGCUUGAAAUGCCAGCUCUGUUUUGCCUCUGUUCAUGUUUCUGUGCAAUUGAUUAGGCUCUAGGACCCCCUGCUUCCUGUAUGACUGGAGAGAUGCCUUUCCUAGCUGGGUUGUGUUGUUUCUGAUGUUCUCUUUGGUUUCAAUACAGUGCGUAGCUGGACUGAGUUCCAGGGGAGUAACUCCUGACAGGAACAUGUAACAUCUUAUGAUAGUAACAUCUUCUCUUGUCCCUGGUUGAAAAGCAACUUUACUUUUUAAAAUAUUGUUUAAAGUAAGUAAAUAUUGAGGUAUUUUGGUGACUAAAUUUUCUGAAACAAGAGUUACUGCUUUGAAAGCUUGAUUUGUUCUUUUAAAAUUAAUGUCUGGCUGGUGUUAAGGAAGGAGAAACAUAAUUGAACUGUUUGCAUGGUGUAAAUGUGUGGCUCCUGGCUGCUUGUGUUUAGUGUCUGCUGUGUAUAUGUGUGUACGGUGCUCUGCGUGCUUGAAUUGGAUGGCUCAUGUACUCCUUGACGCCCUGCCAUGGCCUAGAGAAUAUUAAUGCUGAAAAGUGUGGAUAAGGAAAAAAUCUAAUGCUCAAAAUACAAUAUGAAUUCUAAAGUAACUGAUGGCAACAUGAGAAAUUUAGGCUAACAUGUUGCUGUGUAUAAAAAUCUUAUUUAUAAAUAUGAACCUUUUUGAUGACAUAAAAUUUUGUUUCAAGAAUAGAUUUUGAAUUUUUCCUGUCUGCCUGAGUAAAGAAAACAAACUGGGGAAUCCUUUUGUAGUUUAUUCAGUACUUAUAGAUUCUCAAAAUUUCCUACUGAAGGUUCGAGCAGGGGAUUUCCAGCGUUAACAUCUGUGUGAUGGGGUCAUUCAUAUCAGCCUUGGCUGAGGUGGCUUUGUGGUGGAUGGUUUCUCGGCACUUCAGCAUGAGCAGUGGGCUUCUAUGGAGGUGCCAAGGAGGUCAUCUGUGGCAAGUCAGCUGAGUUUCAAGUGUGAAAACUGUGUGAGCCUGGGCUGAGUCUUACUGGGACACUCAACCUCCAAAGUGACUUAUGCAGUAUUCAAACCAUGUAGUGCAAUGCCUUUUUUUUUUGGUUGUUUUUGUAACGGGUGCAGUGUAUUAUAGGAAUAAAAAAAAGAAACUACAAUCAGGAGCAGUUUUGUUUAAUGCUGCUCUGUCAGUUUUGUAAAAGAAAAUGUACAUAAUGUCUUUCAACAGGUUUUAAACUAGAGGAAAUAACAUUGUAAAUCACAGUAGCCUCCUAAUUUAAUAGUAAAAGUACUUAAUGUAUUAUAAUGUAUAUAUUUCUGUAACUUUGUUUCCAGCUGUUUUAUAUGAUUGACAUGUUAUUUAAAGAUAACUACUGUAGCUUCUUAGAGACUUGUACUGUAAAUAAAGAGGACCUACAAUAAACUGGAAUUUACUUAC